UCCACGUUCAAAAAUGAGAAUAUUCUUCACUUGCUUGGGAAUAUCCGAGAUUUAUAGUUUGGAGCUCCAUACAUGCGCAAUGGCGAUGGCGCCUUCCGUGGCGCUCACACCCUAUCUCGUGCCAUGGCCGCGGCGCCACUGCGGCGCGGGUGAUUUUCGCCCAGCAUUGGCGUUCGCACCGGAAAUCCGCGGGCGGCGCGAUGCAUCGAGGCGAUGGCGUGGAAGCAAUGGAGGUAAUCGAUCGUGUUCUUGCGCUAGGGCGGUGGAGAAAUCUCGGCAAGGCGCUGUGCUGCAAGAAGAAGCGCCGCCAGUUCGUGGUGUGCUGUUCGAUAUGGAUGGAGUGCUGUGCGAUAGCGAGGAGAGAUCGCGUGACGCAGCUGUGGAUGUUUUCGCUGGAAUGGGCGUGACUGUCAGGCCGGAGGAUUUCAUUCCAUUCAUGGGAACUGGCGAAGCAAAUUUUUUGGGAGGUGUUGCUGGAUUGUACCAGGUCCCAGGUUUUGAUCCCAUUCAAGCCAAAGAAAAGUUCUUUGAAGUCUACAUCCAAAAGUACGCAAAGCCGGACUCUGGCUUGGGAUAUCCCGGAGCACUAGAGCUCAUCAUGGAAUGCAAACGUGCUGGUCUCAAAGUCGCCGUUGCAUCUAGUGCGGAUCGAAUCAAAGUUGACGCAAAUCUUUCGGCAGCAGGCUUACCACAAACCAAUUUUGAUGCCAUUGUCUCAGCGGACGUUUUCGAGAGGCUAAAGCCUGCGCCGGACAUUUUUCUGGCCGCAGCGAAAGCACUUGGCCUUCCUCCAUCAGAGUGUGUUGUUGUAGAAGACGCACUUGCUGGCGUGCAAGCUGCUCGAGCAGCCGGAAUGAGGUGCAUUGCUGUAUCCACAACUCUCUCCGAAGAAAGUUUGGCCAAGGCGAAUCCAACACUUACCAGAAUGAAUAUUGCCAAUAUCACACUUUCUGAUAUACUGAACUUACAAGACAAAGAUGUUAAAGAAGCGGCGCCUGGUGUAACCGGCAUGGACUGGAUCUACUCUAUUUUAGAUACUGAAGUAUCUCUUCCUUUCGGCACUAGCAUCACUAGGCGAGACAUUAUCAGGCUUGGAAGCUUUAGUCUAGGAACAUCCUGUUUGGCUUUUGCUGCAACACGUUGGAAGGCCAUGACAUAUGGUUCUCCUAUGGCACUUUUGAAUGCUUUUCUGGGUGCUGAUGAUAUACCACUCGCUAUUGGCUCUGGUAAAGAACUGGACUCUGGGAACCGUAUCGACUCGUUCAAGAGCUACAUAUCGAAUCUUGAAGCAAAAAGUGGCGGACAGAAAGUCAUGGAAUUUCCCCCAGGUCUUCAGUGGUUGAACACAGCAGCACCUCUUCGUUUUAAAGGGGCCUUGCACGGAAAGGUGGUUAUUCUGGACUUCUGGACAUACUGUUGUAUUAACUGUAUGCAUGUACUCCCCGAUCUGGCAUACCUUGAACAAAAGUAUAAAGAUCAACCGCUCACAGUUGUUGGUGUACACUCUGCCAAAUUCGACAAUGAGAAAGACACAGAGGCGAUUCGAAAUGCAGUGCUUCGGUACAAUGUGACGCAUCCGGUAGUGAACGACGGUGAUAUGAAUCUAUGGCGCAAACUCGGAGUUAGCUCUUGGCCAACCUUCGUGGUUGUCAGUCCCAAUGGGAAAGUGAUAGCGAGGCUUGCUGGAGAAGGUCAUCGAAAGGACUUGGACAAUCUAGUGGAUGCUGCACUGCAAUAUUAUGGAGAGAAGAAACUUUUGAACGCUCAACCUAUUCCAUUACAGCUCGAGAAAAGCAAAAGUGCGCGAAUUCUGACUACUCCAUUGAGCUUUCCUGGAAAGCUGGCCACGGACCUGGCAAAUGGUCGUCUUUUCAUUUCUGAUAGCAAUCACAAUCGGAUAGUUGUCACCGAUUUGAAUGGAAAUUAUAUUCUACAAGUUGGCUCUGGAUCAGAAGGCUUAACCGAUGGAUCAUUCUCCUUAGCAUCAUUUAAUCGACCACAGGGUGUAGCGUAUGAUACUGAAAAGAACAUCCUGUACGUGGCAGAUACCGAAAAUCAUGCUCUCAGGGAAGUUGAUUUUGUGAAAGAGACAGUAAGAACUUUGGCUGGUACUGGAGAAAGAGGCUUUGACUACAGGGGUGGAAAAGCAGGCCAGUCUCAGCCGCUCAAUUCACCAUGGGACCUUUGCUUGCAUCCUGAUGGGAUGCUUUACAUAGCAAUGGCGGGGGAGCAUCAAAUAUGGGAAUUUAAUAGGAGCAAUGGUGUUGCGAAAGUGUUUAGCGGGGAUGGAUACGAGCGUAACCUCAAUGGCUCAAAGGGGUCAAACUCGUCGUACGCGCAGCCGUCGGGCCUGUCCUUAUCUCCUGAUAUGGACCACUUAUAUAUUGCCGACAGCGAAAGUAGUUCUGUGAGAUCCGUAAACUUGAAGACGGGAGGCUCGCAAUGGCUUUCGGGAGGCGAUCCCACAUUUCCAGAGAACUUGUUUCAGUUCGGAGAUAAGGAUGGCCCAGCGUCUCAAGCACUAUUCCAACACCCUCUGGGCAUACUCUCGAGCGCAAACGGUGCAAUUUACGUGGCGGAUUCUUACAAUCACAAGAUUAAACUGAUGGAUUUAGCCAGCAAAACAGUGCGUACAGUAGCAGGGACUGGUGUCGCUGGCUACGAAGAUGGGAAAAGCGUCAAAGCUCAGUUUUCAGAGCCAGCCGGUCUCGCCUUGGGCCCCAAUGGCAGCUUAUUUGUAGCCGAUACAAACAACAACUUGAUUCGUCUACUCAAGCCCGGGGCGGACGACAACGCUAUACAAGUCACUACGUUGGAGCUGAAAGGAGUCGAGCCUCCAAGACCAUUGGAGAAGUCUCCUCGUCGGCUGAGAAGACGGCCUUCCUCUGACAUGGAAGUCGUUCGUCUCCAGGCUGUUCCCGGUCUCAGAGGAGACUUGCAACUGCAAAUAGAUUUGCCUCCUGAAUAUCACUUCAGCAAGGAAGCAACCAGCAAGUACGAAGUUGAUGUGGAACCUGAUGACUCCGUGGACGUAAAGCCAGAUAAAGGCACUUUUCAGGAUGGUCGGGCGAGCUUAAGUUUCGAGAGAAGCAAACCGACGAGUUCCUUAUUACGAAUAAUCUCCAAGGUGUACUAUUGCGAAGAGGAGAAAGUUUGCCUGUACAAAGGGAUUGUAGUGGAGGUUCCACUCGAGGAAAGCAACGGUGGCACCGAAAACUCGUCAAGCAUACCAGUCAAGCUCACUGUUACUCCACCACAGCAGCAGCCUUGAAAGGAAAGAAGAUUCUGGCGAUUUAUCUCAUGUCAGGAAUACAAAAAGGAGAGUAUCUCCGCCUAGCCCAUGGCCUGGAGUGCCUGCUGGAACAUCGUCUCGGCCGCGACUUGACGCUGGAUCGUCGGGUGAUCCGGCUGCAAUGACUUGAGUUGGCUACCAAACAACAAAACAAAACUUAGCAAAACGUUGGAGCAAACGGAGUGUCAAAGUUACCUCAUAUGGCGAGUGGUGGAUUUUCCGAGAUGGAGGCAGCAGACAAUAAGGUUGGCGAGAGUGUCAGCGUCCUUGUUAUCCUGGAGCAAGGGUGUUUGAUCAAUCGAUAAUAAAAACAAAGCUUUGAAAA